CGCUAACAUAUAUGUAAUGUGUAUGUAUAGAUGUGUGCAUAUAAAUAUGUUAAGCAAGGAGUGAAAAAGCAGUCCACAAAACAAUCACUUCAUACUAUAAAUCAAUCUCUCUCAUAUAUAGUCUUAUGGCUACUAAAUUCGUCAUCCUCACUCAAAUCCACCGCCCUAAAACCCUGAUUUCAACCUCAAAAUCUCGUCGAUGCAGUCGAAACAAACCCAAACCAUCCAAAUCCAAAAGCGAAAACAUGCUGACCAACGUCUUUUCUGGCAAAACGCUAACAGAAAUCUAUCACAAUAAGACAAAUUCACACCCUCUUACUAAUCCACUACUGUUUAUUGAAGAUCAGUCCUUAAAAGACGAGGAGACGAAUCAACAAGAACACGGGAAGGUCUCAAUCUCCGACUACUGCAAAGAUGGUAAGUCGAUAACCGCGAGCAAAUACGGAGAUCUGAGGCGUGACGUUGCUCGACAAAGCUUGUUGUGGUACAUGAAAUGUUCCAUAAGCCAUAUAUUAAGGAGGGCAAGAGCGUUUUACAAUGAGUUUUGUUGUGAUACUUACGUUGAGAGUAACACUAUGGCUGUGGUAGAUCCAUAUUUUUCUAUUCCGGUAAUUUAUUAAUAUCAACAAAUCUACGUAAUUAAGAAUUGUAUUUAAUCAUAAUUAGCUAGUAAAAUGUUUCAGUGGCUUUGUUGUGUUGUAUAAUGUGUUGUUGUACGUCCACAUAUGUGUAAAAAGACGUCCAUUUAUGAAAUUAAUGUUAUAUGAAAAUUAAUUCCGUG